AUGGACGACCCGUUGAGUGCUGUCGACACCUCUGUUGCCGAACAUAUAUUUGAUAAAUGUAUAGUGGAGUACUUAUCGAACAAAAUCCGGAUUCUAGUCACCCAUCAAAUCCAAUUCAUACGAAAAGCCACACAAAUACUGGUCUUAAGUCCAGAGGGCCGGUGCCUGGGGUUGGGCUCAUACGAUGAGCUCCAUUCUCAGGGCCUGGACUUCAUAUCAAUAUUGAGUGACGCGGAACGGGAGGCCGCGGAUCAUAAAGCCGAACCCGACAAACAGGAACGGGAGCUCUUGAGGUCAUUCUCUAAGAAUAGUUAUGACGCCAAACAGACGGAGACCCUCCUGUCGGAGUCGAUCAACGACAGGGCCCGGAGGUACUCCCGGAGCCCAUCUGUCGUUCAGAUCGAGCUCUCGGACAUUAUGGGCGAUGAGGAGGACUACACCCUUGAGCCCAAGAUUCAAGAGGAGAACCGGGAGGUGGGCUCUAUCGGGGGACACGUCUACUAUGAGUACGUGAAGGCCGGUGCCGGACCCGUACUGCUCACGAUAACACUGUUCACGACACUUGUAUCUCAGGGUAUAUUUCUUUACUCCGAUCUAUGGCUAACCAAAUUUACUGGCAAAAAUCAAAAGGCUAAUGCAAUUGACCAGGACACACAAAACUUUUACGUCUACGUCUACUCGGGACUCAUUGGGGCCCUGUUUGUGACAUCCCUAUUGCGGGCCAUCACGUGGUUCGUGAUGUGUAUGCGGGCGUCCGUUAAUCUACACAACAGUAUAUUCACGCGUCUAUUACGGGCACCGAUAGCCGUGUUUGACAACAACCCCGUCGGUCAAAUGCUAAACCGAUUCUCGAAGGACAUGGGUAUUGUCGACGAAAUGCUUCCGUUCACUGUUUUACGAAAGUUAUUUGAAACGAUUGGUAUUAUAAUAACGGUUGCCAUUGUCAACAUCUACCUAAUCAUCCCGGCGAGAAGUCCAUUGUUUACUCACGUGAGCACAACCCUGAAUGGGUUGGCCAGUGUGCGGGCAUAUGGGGCACAGGAGGCCUUUGAGCGCCAGUACUAUGUCUACCAAAAUGACCAUAAUGCCACCUGGUUCCUAUUUGCAUGUACGUCCCGAGCCCUAGGCCUUAUUCUCGACUGGGUAUGUGUGGGAUAUUUAGUGGCCAUAGCCGUCGUGAUGAUGGUAUUCCCCGAACAGAUUGGGAACGGCGGUAGUGCCGGACUGGCCCUCACGUCAGCACCAAAUAGUAACAAGAUACCUCCGGGCUCGGCCCUAACGAUGACCGCAGAAAUCCAAUGGGGAGUCAAACAGUCGGCUGAGAUGGAGAGUCAGAUGACUUCAGUCGAGAGAAUCAUAGAGUACUCGAGACUACCACAAGAGGCGCCGUUAGCCUCGGAUGACAGACACCGACCCCCACCUGACUGGCCAUCCAAGGGUCAGAUAGAGCUGAGGAAUGUGUCUCUCGUAUACGAGGGCUCAACCAAACCGGUGCUGAAGAACCUGUGCUGUAGUGUGAAGAGUGGCGAGAAGAUAGGU